GGUGCCAUGGGAUCUGCAUUUACAUUAACAUUAGCUAAUAUUUUCAUGUGGAAAUGGGAGCGACAAACCAUUCUACCAAAAUUAGCUUCUCAUGAAUUAUAUGGCCGAUAUAUUGAUGAUGUUUUCUUUACGUGGAAUGAAUCAGAAGAAAAUGUCCAACAAGUAUUAGAAGCUGCAAAUAAAUUUCAUCCAAACAUCAAAUUAGACUAUCAUAUUGGUAAAAGUAUUCCAUUUCUUGAUGUAAUUCUUACGAAUAAUAAUGAUAUACUUUCAUCAUCCAUCUAUCAUAAACCAUCGGCUGAACCACUCGUUGUAUCAUUCAUGUCGGAUCAUCCUCGACAUGUAUUUCGAAAUGUAAUUCAAACGGCUCUCAUGAGAGCUGCACGAUAUUCAUCGACAUUUGAAGUAUUUAAUCAUGAAUUACGUCGUAUUCGAUUAAUGUUAUUAUACAAUAAUUAUCCAUUGAACUAUAUCAAUGAACAAUUUCGACGAUUUUUUCUUAAUUUUAUGUCAUCAUCCUCAGCACUUUUACCAUUGAUCGAUAAUGAAAAUCAAUAUUCUGUCUAA